UGACAGUUUGGGAGAAUUACCAAAGGAUGAAGGCGAUCUCAGAGUUCCAUGCUUUGCCUCUUUUGUCUUUACCUUAUUCGUCGUCUCUCAUUCUUUGAAUCCCCAUUUUCUCAUUCGUCCUCACUUCCAUUUCUUUUCUUAUCUCACUCGCUCUCUGAGACAAUGGUCUCUCCUCUGCGUUUUCUCUCUGCGUGAACAACCAAGAGAGAACCUUAUCGUUCCGUCGACAUUGAAAAUCGAGAGAGAGAGGUGUUGAUUUGGUUAGGUCUAAUAUUGAUUCGGAUGAAGGGAAGAGAUGGUGACUGAUAGCUACAUGGAUACGAGAUCAAAUUUGACAAGUGUGAAUCGAGGAUCCAAUGUGGAUCUCGAGGAUCGAUUCCAGAGGGAGCUCGAAUCUUUGCUCCAACAACAUCGUAAUCGGCAAACAUUUGGCCGAGAGAGAGAACGAGACAUUGAUGUUCACAGAAGCGGAAGCGCGCCUCCUACGGUGGAAGGUUUGUUGAGGGCUAUGGAUAAUCAGUACUGGAACAAUAAUAACUCUGAUCAUAGAGAUGUUGGGAAUGUUAACAGUUUUAGCACUAGCAAUGGCGUUGAGCUUUUGUCUGAUGAUGAGCUACGUUGGCACCCUGAGUAUCUCUCUUAUUACUAUUCGAAUGAACAUUCCAAUCCGAGGUUGCCUCCUCCGUUGUUGUCUAGAGAGGAUUGGAGGGUUGCUCAGAGGUUUCACAACAGUGAGUCUGUGUUUGAUCCUGUUGGGGAAUGGAGGAAGAAAGCGGUUGAAGUCGACAACUCCUCAUCGCUCUUCUCGGUUCAGCCAGGGGUUCCAGUUGAGCAGGCAGAGAAUGAUUUGAUGGAACUGAGGAAUGCUGUAGCUCAGGGCCGCUCUCAGAAGGUGCAGCGGCUAGAUCAAGGCAGAGAAGAUUUUAUUGGAUUAUCUGGAUAUCCUGGGCUUGGACCGAGAAGGAAGAGUUUCGCCGAUAUACUUCAGGAAGGACUUGAACGGGAUGCAACCUUAGGCAGCCAACUCUCUCGGCCUGCAAGCUGCAACACUUUUCGGGACAUGAAAGAUUCUGCUGUUUUAUCGAAUUUCAGUGCUGGUGGAUUCGACAGCCCAUUAGCAUUCCAUGAAUCAUUACAUGCUACUGCCAAAAACAGUCCAAAUACUAUGCUUGGCUCCACCACGAGUUCCCCAGUGCCAAGAAAUAGAACUCCUGACUCACAUCUAGUAGGGCGAUCUCCGGCCUCUGGCCUUCCCCCUAUUGGUACCAGGGUCGGUCCUGUCGAGAAAAAGAAUACUUUUGGCACAGCCAUCCAAAACUCUGAAUCUUACACUGCUGCCGAUGUUGCCGACACAUUGUCGAGGUUGAGCAUGUCAGAGAUGAGUCAAGUAAAAGAAAACCAUAUGCAGUCACAGCUUCAAGUGGAAUUGGAGAAUCAAUCUGAUGUCAUGCGUUACAUACCCAAUGGUCAUAAGAAGGCUUUGCGGCAACAAGAUAUUGCUAUGGCAGAAUCAAAAGAUCACUUGUUUUCUGCAAAUUAUGGUGGAAUGAGUGGGUAUGGAACAAGUCUUGGAGCUUCUACAGUGGGUUCCCAUGGACAGGUCAACAUCCCUAAACGAACCUCCUCUUCAGCGAGUCUUUACUCAACUUCAGAACAUUCUAGAUUAGGAAGCCUGGGCUUAUCUGAUGUCAAUAUUCGGAAUGCAAAUAUUAAUGGAACAGACUUUUCCACAGCUGGUGGUUAUUUGGCAAAGAACAAGUUGAAUUCAUUAGCUGAGCACUAUUCCGCUGAAGGCUCACAUUUGACUGGGGAAGGGGAUAGACAAAGCUUGAACAGAUUGAUAAAUCAAGUUGCUUCUGAGCUUCACUCUCCAGUUAUGGACCCACUUUACAGCCAGUACCUGCAUACGGCAUCUUCUACUGCUGCACCAACCGAUCAUUCUCUUAUGAGAAACAAUUUUGGGACUUCAAACGGAGAUACAGCUAAUGAAUACCUCGCGAUGUUACUUGCUCAAAACAGGCAACAGCUGGGUAACCUCAAUGCUGCAAAUUCUAGAUUUUUUGAGAGUCCUUCAUAUGAUCUUGGCAACAUUUAUCUAGGAAACCAUUUGCCUUCUCCUUCCAAGAAUGCAAGAAAUUUCCAGAACAUACGUAUGUCACAAUCUGCCUCAAUGAUGAAAGUUCCUUUCGGAGGCUUACAUGGAUCAUCCCAUGUAGAUAUUGGGAGCAUGGCAGAAGCAUCCUUACUAGAGGGGUUUAAGAACAACAAGACAAGGUCUUUGGAGCUUUCAGAAAUAGUUGGUCAUGUGAUUGAGUUUAGCAUGGAUCAGUACGGAAGUCGUUUCAUUCAGCAGAAACUUGAGACUGCAACGGAUGAGGAAAAGAAUGCAAUAUUCCCUGAGAUACUUCCGUACGGCCGCACGUUAAUGACAGAUGUCUUUGGAAAUUAUGUCAUUCAAAAGUUUUUCGAGCAUGGUACAAACAAGCAGAGAAAAGAACUCGCUGAACAAGUAACAGGCCAUGUUUUGGCUCUUUCUCUACAAAUGUAUGGCUGCAGGGUUAUCCAAAAGGCGUUAGAGGUGGUUGAAUUGGAGCAGCAAGCUCGAAUUGUGCAAGAGCUUGAUGGGUCUGUCAUGAAAUGCGUUCAUGACCAGAACGGUAAUCAUGUGAUCCAGAAGUGUAUAGAGCGUCUUCCUCAGGAUUGGAUACAGUUCAUCAUUUCCUCGUUCUACGGAAAAGUUUUAGCUCUUUCAACACACCCUUAUGGAUGCCGUGUAAUCCAGAGGGUACUGGAGCAUAUUGAUGACAUAGAAACCCAACGGAUCAUUAUGGAAGAAAUCAUGGAUUCAGUCUGUACUCUAGCACAAGAUCAGUACGGAAAUUAUGUUAUUCAGCAUAUCAUACAACACGGUAAACCUCAUGAACGGUCAGAAAUUAUCAAUAAGCUUGCUGGACAGAUUGUGAAGAUGAGUCAGCAAAAGUUUGCUUCUAAUGUUGUUGAAAAGUGCUUAACAUUUGGCGGUCCAGAGGAACGUCAGGUACUAGUGAAUGAGAUGCUUGGUUACACUGAUGAAAACGAGCCUCUUCAGGCGAUGAUGAAGGACCCAUUUGGGAACUACGUAGUGCAGAAGGUUCUUGAAACAUGCAAUGAUCAAAGUCUUGCACUCAUUCUUUCUCGCAUCAAAGUACACUUGAAUGCCUUGAAGAGAUACACAUAUGGGAAACAUAUCGUUGCCCGAGUUGAGAAACUUAUCACUACUGGAGAGAGAAGAAUCGGGCUCUCGUCAUCUCUUGCCGCAAACGCUACUCCUUAAUCAUCUCUGAGUAAGUAAAACCUCAAGCUUCUUAAUUUAUAACACAACCAGAGAAAGAGGCUGGUGACCGAGAGCUAUUUGUACAGCCUAACUAAGCAAAGCAUCUCAAGAUUGUUCCUGUUAUAUAUAUUUUGCAAAUAAUUUGUAAAUAAAAUAGAGGGUUUUAGAUUUAAGUCGGUAAUAAAUGUAUUUUGGAUCUCAACUGGCUUAAAUUAAAAAUCUCCUUUUGGUUGUGUAAAAGGUGAAGUCUUGCUGUUUUAUUUAUGUAAAGCAAUGGCUUAUUAUUUUAGGUCCUUGUUCUUCACGGGAUUACUAUGUACAUAUCUUGCGGCUUUGCUCCCCAAGAAUUGCUAUAUUUUUAUUUUAAAAGUA